GGUUAUGACAUGGUGCUACCAAUGAAUACUGGAGCUGAAGGUGUAGAAACAGCUCUUAAGUUGGCAAGGAAAUGGGGUUAUGAAAAGAAAAAGAUCCCCAAGGAUGAGGCUAUUAUUAUUUCAUGUUGUCGCUGCUUCCAUGGCCGUACCAUUGGUGUGAUUUCUAUGAGCUGUGACAAUGAAGCUACUCGUGGUUUUGGACCAUUGUUACCUGGCCAUCUUAAGGUUGAUUUUGGUGAUGCUGAUAUGCUUGAGAACAUCUUCAAAGAAAAAGGAGAUCGGAUUGCUGGAUUUUUAUUUGAACCCAUUCAAGGAGAGGCUGGGGUUAUAAUUCCACCAGAUGGUUAUCUAAAAUCUGUGAGAGAUCUAUGCUUGAAAUACAAUGUUUUAAUGAUUGCUGAUGAAAUACAAACUGGCAUAGCGCGCACUGGAAAAAUGCUGGCUUGUGACUGGGAAGAUGUUCGACCUGAUGUUGUGAUUCUAGGAAAAGCAAUCGGUGCUGGAGUCAUACCUGUAAGUGCUGUGCUUGCAGACAAGGAUAUAAUGCUAUGCAUCAAGCCUGGAGAACAUGGAAGCACCUUUGGUGGAAAUCCUUUGGCAAGUGCGGUGGCCAUUGCUUCACUAGAUGUCAUCAUUGAGGAGGGACUUAUUGAGAGGGCUGCAAAGUCGGGGCAGGAAUUUAGGCAUCAGCUAGUGAAGGUUCAGCAACAAUUUCCUCAGAUAGUAAAAGAAGUUCGUGGAAAAGGUUUGCUCAAUGCUGUGGAGCUCAGUGGCAAAGCUCUGUUCCCUGUUUCUGCUUAUGAUAUCUGUCUCAAGCUGAGGGAUAGAGGAAUUCUUGCCAAGCCAACACAUAACACUAUAAUUCGAUUAACCCCACCACUUUCCAUGAGUAUGGAUGAGCUCAAAGAAGGUUCAACAGCACUACAUAAGGUUCUGGAGAUUGACCUACCAAAGAUGAAGCAGCAGAAGCCAGAAACAGUUGCUCCAGCAGACUCUGAGGUUUGUGACCGGUGCGGUCGAAAUAUGUAUGGCUCUUCAGAUAAAGAUAUCUGAAUUCAAUGUGAAUUUCUACUGCUUACUAUUGAGUCUAUGAGUCAUACAUAGCUUUCCCCUGUCCAUCUCCCCUCCAAUGAGAAAGGGAAAACAGGAAAAAUUGUCUCUAGGUAAAAUCACGACUGUACUUCUAAAUCUGCAUUUCCUUUUAGAAAUAAAGAAAUAUCUUAAUAAAAAAUGUUGAAGGAAAAAAAUUAGUGAAGAAUGCCUACUGAUCAGCGUAU